AUUCUACUUCCGUUCUAAAAUUUAACCGGAAGUGGUUUAUGUUGGCUGUGCCAGUGUUGUGCUAUUUAUCACCACUCCAUCCAUAACUUAUCCAUGGCAAACAUAGCAAUUCAACGAAUUCAAAGAGAAUUCAAAGAAGUUGUUAAAAGUGAAGAGGUAGCCAAAUGCAGUAUUAAAGUGGAGCUAAUAAACGACUCGUAUACAGAGCUGAAGGGAGAGAUAGCUGGCCCCCCAGAUACACCAUACGAAGGCGGCACAUUUAUACUGGAAAUAAAAAUACCAGAAACUUAUCCAUUUAAUCCCCCAAAGGUAAAAUUCAUCACCAGAAUUUGGCAUCCUAACAUCAGUUCAGUGACGGGAGCAAUUUGUCUUGAUAUUUUAAAAGAUCAGUGGGCGGCGGCCAUGACUUUGCGGACAGUGUUACUUUCCCUCCAGGCGUUACUGUCAGCAGCCGAGCCUGAUGACCCACAGGACGCGGUGGUGGCCAGACAGUACAAAGAAAAUAAUGAAAUCUUUAAAAGGACUGCUUCACACUGGACAAAUAAAUAUGCAGGAGGUCCAAAUAAAGAUGAACAGUAUGAAGAUCGUGUAAAACAAAUACAAAGCAUGGGAUUUGAUGAACAUAAAGCUAGAGUUUCCUUGUCAACUUACAAUUGGGAUAUUGGGCGUGCAACGGAAAAUCUGCUAAGCUAAAGACUGUGUUGAUUAUAGACUGCUUAAUGAGUUUAGUAUAUAUGUAAUAGUAUACAGGAGGCACCCAUCACUGUGGACUCACCGCCAUUAACCUGGGGUGGCCAUAGUGGCCCUUCCUGUGUGUCAUGUGUAAGCAAGGGAAAGGAAAAUGUGUUUUAAUUGAAAGCUGUGAUGAGUGGAACGAUUGCAAUUGAAAGAUACCGUCUGAGCUUUUUUUGUUACUUUUUUUAAUAAACAAAAAGCCAUACACCACAAAGAUUAUAUAAAAAAAAUUCUACAAUGAUCAACAUUGAAAGCAAAUGAUUGUUGACAAAUGAAAUGUGUGUUUAAUUUUGUAUCGACAGAAUGUUAUAGGUAUUAACGGUAUUAUUUAUGACUAUAUUAAGACUGAUUUCACCACCAACUUUAUUUCGGAGUUUGCUCAAAUAAACCAGGUGAGCGAACAGGCCCUCUGGGCCUCUUGUUGUUGUCCAUCAAGGAAUUGCGAAUUAAGAGUUUCACGAAAAAUAAAUUAUUAUCUUUUAAAUAGAUUAUUACAGAAAAUGUUGUUGUUGUUAAAAUCCUGUCUAUUCACUUACAUCAAUGAAGAAUGGGUAGUUUGGGUAAAGGCCAUGUGGGACCGUUUUUCAUGGGUUUUUUUGGGGUUUUUUUUGUAGACUUUCAUUAUUUUAUUUUUAAUAAGUGAAAGUAUGAAGAGGUAAUGGUUCAUUAAUAUCCAGAAGUCGACAAAUCACUUUAUAUUAAAGAUGCAUCAAAUCAUUGAUCUCAAAUUGAUAGUUAACUAAAUUAUGUUGGUCUAUUGAUAGUUAACUAGAGUAUGUCGGUCUAUUGAUAGUUAACUAGAGUAUGUCGGUCUAUUGAUAGUUAACUAGAGUAUGUCGGUCUAUUGAUAGUUAACUAGAGUAUGUCGGUCUAUUGAUAGUUAACUAGAGUAUGUCGGUCUAUGGAUAGUUAACUAGAGUAUGUCGGUCUAUUGAUAGUUAACUAGAGUAUGUCGGUCUAUAGAUAGUUAACUAGAGUAUGUCGGUCUAUUGAUAGUUAACUAGAGUAUGUCGGUCUAUGGAUAGUUAACUAGAGUAUGUCGGUCUAUUGAUAGUUAACUAGACUAUGUCGGUCUAUUGAUAGUUAACUAGAGUUUGUCUGUCUAUUGAUAGUUAACUAGAGUAUGUCGGUCUAUUGAUAGUUAACUAGAGUAUGUCGGUCUAUUGAUAGUUAACUAGAGUAUGUCGGUCUAUAGAUAGUUAACUAGAGUAUGUCGGUCUAUAGAUAGUUAACUAGAGUAUGUCGGUCUAUUGAUAGUUAACUAGAGUAUGUCGGUCUAUAGAUAGUUAACUAGAGUAUGUCGGUCUAUAGAUAGUUAACUAGAGUAUGUCGGUCUAUUGAUAGUUAACUAGAGUAUGUCGGUCUAUAGAUAGUUAACUAGAGUUUGUCUGUCUAUAGAUAGUUAACUAGAGUAUGUCGGUCUAUUGAUAGUUAACUAGAGGAUGUCGGUCUAUUGAUAGUUAACUAGAGUAUGUCGGUCUAUAGAUAGUUAACUAGAGUAUGUCGGUCUAUAGAUAGUUAACUAGAGUAUGUCGGUCUAUUGAUAGUUAACUAGAGUAUGUCGGUCUAUAGAUAGUUAACUAGAGUAUGUCGGUCUAUAGAUAGUUAACUAGAGUAUGUCUGUCUAUUGAUAGUUAACUAGAGUAUGUCGGUCUAUAGAUAGUUAACUAGAGUAUGUCGGUCUAUAGAUAGUUAACUAGAGUAUGUCGGUCUAUAGAUAGUUAACUAGAGUAUGUCGGUCUAUUGAUAGUUAACUAGAGUAUGUCGGUCUAUAGAUAGUUAACUAGAGUAUGUCGGUCUAUUGAUAGUUAACUAGAGUAUGUCGGUCUAUAGAUAGUUAACUAGAGUAUGUCGGUCUAUAGAUAGUUAACUAGAGUAUGUCGGUCUAUAGAUAGUUAACUAGAGUAUGUCGGUCUAUAGAUAGUUAACUAGAGUAUGUCGGUCUAUAGAUAGUUAACUAGAGUAUGUCGGUCUAUAGAUAGUUAACUAGAGUAUGUCGGUCUAUAGAUAGUUAACUAGAGUAUUGUCGGUCUUAUUUAAAUGAAAAGACCUAGCCUACUCUGAUAUAGUGGUAAUCAACUUAGUAUCUACAUAAAUGAUCUAGAACAAAGUCACAUCAGGUGAGCGACACGGACCCAUUGGGACUCUUAUUGGUUAAGGAAUGCUAUCUUUUGAAAGUCUGCUAAUGAUUGUUUUAAUUUAUUGUUACAACACAGUAGACAUCUAUGAUACAGGAGUACAACAAGGAUCUGAGAUUGAUGAUUAUAGAAGCCAGUGUAUGGGGACAGGUAUGGUUUGGUGAGAAUUACACGUUUGGAGGGAAAAGAAACUAUUUCACUUCGUGCUACAUUGUUUGUCAAACUGAUUGUCUGUCUUAAUGAAAUACAAUCAGUAAAGGUAUGUACCUGGGGUAUACGAUGUAGGUAAUUAUUACGAUCUGAUCACGCUAUUAAGUGAUAACAUUUGAUGAAGCCAUUCUGUAGAGACUCCCCGGUUAACCCCCACCCACCUAGCCAAACACCCAGUACAACGGAACCUUGUAAGUCUGGUGCCAGAUAAAAGUCUAAAAAGAAAUAAUAUCCCUUUGUGAAAACAUUUGAUAGAGGAACAGCCUCCAGCUGAAAAUACUCCAGUUAUUCACCAGACAUGUCCAUGAGUAUGAGCCAGUUACAUGUUGAUGUGUACAGACUUAUUUUGUACAUGUCAAUGUGUACAGACUUAUUUUGUACAUGUCGAUGUGUACAGAUUUAUUUUGUACAUAUCGAUGUGUACAGACUUAUUUUGUACAUGUCGAUGUGUAGACUUAUUUUGUACAUGUCGUGUACAGACUUAUUUUGUACAUAUCGAUGUGUACAGACUUAUUUUGUACAUGUCAUUGUGUACAGACUUAUUUUGUACAUGUCGAUGUGUACAGACUUAUUUUGUACAUGUAUCGCUGAUCAAGGUUUAUAUAUAAUAAGUAGACAAAUAAUAGCACAACUGUUAUAGGCAUUUCAUCUGCAUUAUUAUCUUACUUUCAAAUUCAAAAUAAAAGUCAAACACUGUACAGUUUGUUAUAGAGUUUAGACCGCCCUCAAUUCAGUAUACCCCAUUGUAACAGAUCGGAGACGGGGCCUUUUUAUCCUCCGUAUGUUGUUUUGUUUCUUCAUACUGUCACAUCACAGGACACAGUUGGCUAAGUCUGCUAUGCAUAAAUGUAUUGUAAAUUCAGUUAUUGUGACUUAUUUCUAGUCCACAAAUUUUGAUGAGCGAAAAGAAGAAUUUGGCCAACUGUUAAUUGAUAAUAACACAGAGUUAACAACAGCUGAUAAUCUCUUCAAUAUGUGUAGCUGUGAUAGACAUUGGGAGUUGUGUGCUAAAAUUCAAAAUUCACCGGAGUUUGUCCUUGUGAGAAGUACUGGGUAGCUUUAUAAGUUACCUCCCUUUAUAACAUGUGUUAUCUGUAGUAUGUAUGUUCUAAUGGCUCACCUGAAGGAAUUAAAUUUGUCCAAAAUUUCUAUUGAAAAAUGUAAUCAUAAUCUAAUUUUUUUAAAUGUAUUAAAACAUUCAACUCUCAAAAAAGAUGUCAGUCAAUUGUCGAUUGGUAUACAAAUACAUGUAUCUGUCUUCCAUACAAUAAACAACAAUUUAAUCUUUGCUUAUAGCUAACCAUCAGAUACAGGUGACAUAUACAGCAGGGUAGAAUUAACAAAGUUGUGGAGUAAAUGUUUUAGACAUGUGUACUAAAUUAUAUAUAGACAAAUUGGAGGAGUUGUACAUAAUGUAGUAAUUGUGAUUAGAACCAGUGAAAUUUAUGUCUGGUUUUUAUCACAUUUGAUUGUAUCUGUAUGUGUGAUCAGUGAUAAUAGCUAUUAUGUUAAGUUUGAUGAAGACAGUGAGGAUUAUUAUUGAGGAUUUCACUUUUUAUCAGGAUAUCAGGCUUUACUAACAAAAUUAUAAAACUUUUGUGUAAUAUAUUCAAAGCUUCAAUCCAACAGAUGGAUUUCACUUUUUAUUUUUGAACAAAGUAAGAUUGUGAACAUAUUGUAAAUGGUUGGUCAGAAUAUCACCUGUGACCUACAUUUCUGGGGUCACUUUUUAUACAACCCUGAAAAUAAUGUUCACAGACACCAUGUCCAAUUGCCAAUAAAAAUUCCAAAAUGAUCAUAAAAAGUUGAAUUCUUAUCUUUGAAUACUGCAAUCAUUUGGUUAUGAGUAAGAAAUAGUUGCUGUCAUAUUCGAAGCAAGUUCUCAUGACCUGACCGGAGGACUUCAUCUUACUUGUUCACUAAUACACGUGCAACCUCAUCAUUGUCAUCCAUCAUUCAUUGACAUUUUCACAUUUUCUACUUCUUCUCAAAUACUCCUGAACCAGUUUUUUUUACGGAAACCUUCCUGGCCUAAAUGUCAGCUAAAAUUGUAAAUUACAUGGUCCUAUCAUCCAGGGGCGGUGCAAAAAGGUUCAAAACGACUGAAAUUUCAAAAAUUAUCUUCUCAAGACCCAGAUGGGGUAAAUAUAAUACUUAGUUUAAAGUACUAAAUCAAAAUAGUGUAAUUCCUGGUCCCCUUAGUUUCCUCUUUCUCCAUGAGAAGGGCAUUGACUUAACUAUUCUCCAUGUAGGAAUUUUUUAGAAUCACACAAAAGAUAGAUACAUCUUAAGGCUUCGAGGAUAAUACAGGCCCAUGGGCCUCUUGUUUUGUUUGUUUAUUUUUUUCCCCCAUGUUUUUCUAUGCCAUAAGUGUAAAUCCUACAUUUUUGUGAUGUUACAGUUUUGCUGUAUCUUGAGAUGUACCGGUAUUCUAUUCACAAUAAAUUACAAAUUAUU